AUGGGUGCACAAUCAAUCGAUGAACAACAACCACCAGUUGUUCCACCAACCACUUCAUUGUUGAUCGAUGAAACCGAGGCAGAGUCACCAUCGACUCUCACCACUGUCACUGCCAUCAGUGUCAACCCAGAACUCUUAAGAGCCAAGGGACAAGCUACUUUAUUCGUAUUCUUCCAAAGUGCUUUGUUAAUUUGUUUCCUUCCAAUUACUUAUUGGAUCUUUGCAAUUCUUCUCGCAUUCUUGGGAUUCUACGCUGUCAAAUCUGGUAAAUUAGGAUGGAACUAUCUCUAUUUCGCCUUCUCAUGUAUUCUUUACUUUGCACUCUCACUCCUCUGUGCUGCUAUUACCUUUGAAGCUGCAUACUACCUCGACACCUUGUAUGCUGUCUCUUCAUUCCUUCUUUCAUUGGCAUUCAUCAUCAUCUAUGCUAUGAACUUGAAGAACUAUACUCGUCAUAUUAAAUUGUUGAAGCAAGGUGCCUAUCAACCAUUGGCUACCAUUGAAUUGGUUUCUGAGGAACCAGAGUCAAAUGAUGUAAACAACAACAACUCUAACACCGCCAACUUCUAUCCAGCUCAACAAUUCAAUAUGCAAUCAGCCAAGCCAACAGCUGCUGCUCCACAACCACAACCAAUGCCAAUGAUGAUCCCAAUCAACAUGCCAUACGGACAAAUGCCAUCAACCAAUGGAUUGCCACAACAACAACAACAACAACAACCAUACUACUUCCCAGUUCAAUAUUACUAUGCAGUUCCAAACACUAACUUUGGUGGUGUCGACAAGCAAUAA